UUUUUUCUCCUUGUUCCCCAAGUUUGCAAGUGCUUUUUGUUGAACUCGCCAUUACUUUUCACUGUUGCGGUUCAUUUUUCUUCUCUUUGCGAAUCUUUUUGUUCUUUACUAUAUACUGCAGUGAGGUUUAGAAUUCUUCACUUUUCGUUUCGUGCUUUACAAGAAAAGGAGCAAAGUUGGCAGUUCCCUAAGUUACUUUGUUGUGUGUUUAUACCUAUUUAUAAACAUUGCUGUGGAAUUGUUGUAAAUGGGAGAAACCCCGACUAUCCAAACAAAGAAGUCAAAUCAAACUCCCAAGGCUAUUAUACACCAGAAAUAUGGUUCCAGUGCUUGCUAUCGGAUAGAGGAAGUGCGGGAACCUGUCCAAAACAGUUGUCCAGGACUUGCUAUCCCACAACAGGGUCCCUGCCUCUUUCGCUGUAACUUGCAGCUUCCAGGACUUUCUGUUACUUCAGAAGCUUUCAAAAAGAAAAAGGAUGCUGAGCAAAAUGCUGCACAGAUGGCUAUAGAAAAGCUUGAUAUCCAACCUGCGACUGAUAGUUCCACAUCACAAGAACCAUGGGAUGUGUUAAUUGCUGCCCGUAUCUCUUCUCUUUUUUCCAAUGAGUUCCUUUCAUCGCAAAAUCAACCGCAACAUCCACUUAUUGGUCACUUCAGGGCAGCAUUACAGAGAGAGACUGAAGAGUGUGGUUUACUUCCUGUGUCCAUCCUUGCUACAUAUGAUGCGAAGCUUAAUAACUUAUGCAAAUCCAUCAAUCAUAAGUUGGACAGGAAUCCACACUUGAUUGUGACACUUAUUAUGAAGGCUGCAAGAAAAUCUGGUUCUGCUGCUAUUUCUCAAGGAAAGCUCUGGAUUUCGAAGCAGACCCCGUACACUCCGGAGAUUCUGCAAGCUUUAACUAGCCAGCAAUUGAGCUCAUCAGAAGGGAUCUGGAUCCAGGCCGUAAGAAUUCCCUGUUCUAUUGAGAAGCCUGUUGAGCCAGUUACUCUUUAUAUUUCUUCCGAUGGAUAUUAUAUGGAUGCCAUCGCACAAGAACUUGGUCUAACUGAUACUUCUCAGAUUUUAGUAUCAAGGACUGUUGGCAAAGCAUCGUCUGAGAUGAGACUGUACUUUUCUGCGUUGGAGUCACCUGUUCCAUCGGAUUUAUCAUUGGAAGAUCUAUUAGAUGCAAAAGAACCUGUUACCAAUGAAUCUUUCAAUGACAGGGCCUCUUAUUUUUCAAGUCAAAAUAUAUAUGGAGAUGCUAUAUUGGCAUCCAUUGGAUAUACAUGGAAGUUUCCAGACCUUUUCCAUGAAGACGUAUCGUUGGGUACCUACUACAGGAUGCUGAUUGGCAGGCUACCCAAUGGAGGUUAUAAGUUAUCUAGAGAGGCAAUACUUGUGGCAGAGUUACCUAUAGCAUUCACUUCACGUUCAAACUGGAGAGGUUCCUACCCGUGGGAUCUCCUUGAAAUGUUCUGCCGUCAGCAUUGGUUAUCAGAACCGGUCUACUCUAUAAUAAGUAUAACUGAUCUGGUGGAUCCUUCCUUAGAAACAUCACAAGCAUCCAAAAAGUUAAAAGUAGCAAAUCCAGCUGAAGAAGAAACAAAAUAUGCGAAUGGACGAUCACAUGCUGCCAAUGAUAAGGAAUCGAUAGCACCUGGAGGUUCUUGCCGUUGUGAAGUGAAAAUUUUGUCUAAGGGUCAAGAUCUUAUAAUUGAGUGCUCACCUGUAGAUUCAUAUAGGAAGCCUAAUGAUGCCAAACAGAAUGCUGCUUUGAAAGUUCUGUCAUGGUUAAACAAAUAUCUUAGGAAGUUAGAUAUGCAUGUAGAGAAGCUGUCCUCCUCUGGGGCCACUCAUGGUCUUUGUUUUUAUCCCGAAAAUUUUUCGAAGGAGUUUGCAUUGUGUCUGUCUGUUCAUGCUGGUCAGCUUGCAAGUUCUCUUCGAAAAUGCAGUUUGUUGGCCUCAAGUUGCAUGGAUCAGCUGAACACAACCCAGGAACAUGGUGUGUGUUCUUUCAAAACCGAAGGUUUGGAUUCUGGUGUUUUCCCAUCUAACGGGUCUUUAAUAUGCAUAAGUUAUGUUGUCUCUUUAGUAAGAAAAGGGGAACAUAUGAAAGAAUCUCUGGAGAGCAGUGAUGAGUUUGAGUUUGAAGUAGGAACGGGAGCAGUGAUCCCCCAGGUUGAAGCAUGCGUAACUCAGAUGUCAAUGAACCAGUCUGCUCAUUUUAAUACUGAGCUUCCGCCUCGUGAAUUUAUUUUUGCUGCAGCUGGUGAUUCUUUGAAGUCAAUUUCACUGUUAUCUAUGGGGGCAUGCUUCUUGGAGUAUUCUAUAUCUUUGCUGCGUGUGACGGAACCCUUAGAAGAUAGAAUGGAGCAGGCUCUGUUCAGCCCUCCUCUGUCAAAGCAGCGAGUGGAAUACGCAUUGAGACACAUCAAUGAAUCCUGUGCUACUACUUUGGUUGACUUUGGCUGUGGGUCUGGCAGUCUACUGGAUUCUCUAUUGGAUAUGUCCACCUCCCUGGAAAAAAUUGUUGGCGUUGACAUUUCAAGGAAGAGUCUAAGUCGUGCUGCAAAGGCACUCCAUUUGAAACUAAGUGAAAAUUCUGACCCUGCUAAACCAAGUAGAGGCAUAAAAUCUGCUUUGCUAUAUGAUGGUUCCAUCACAGUGUUCGAUUCUCGUCUUGGUGGAUUUGAUAUUGGCACUUGCUUAGAGGUAAUUGAGCAUAUGGAGGAAGAUCAAGCGUGUUUGUUUGGUGAUGUUGUGCUGAGUUCUUUUCGUCCAAGUAUUCUUAUUGUCUCCACACCAAACUAUGAGUACAAUUCUAUACUCCAGAGAACUGAUUUAUCAAAGAAGGAUGAGGAUCCAGAUGAGAAGAUGCAGUCUCUGCCUUGCAAAUUCCGCAACCAUGAUCACAAGUUUGAGUGGACCCGAGAGCAGUUCAACAAUUGGGCUUCAGACCUUGCCAUGAGGCACAAUUACAGUGUCGAGUUCAGUGGGGUUGGUGGAUCUGCUGAUGUGGAACCCGGUUUCGCCUCCCAGAUUGCCAUCUUUAGGAGAGGGCCAAUAGAUGCGGAGUGUUCAGAAAAUUUAGAUAUCGCCCAACCCUAUGAAGUUAUAUGGAAUUGGAGUCGCAGUUGAUGGAAGUUAAGAAUACCGAGUCGGUUUCUCCAUCUGUAAGACAUUGCAAAUUGAUACAUCUUUUUGUCUGCAUCUAAUGGAAGUUUAGAGUUAGGGGCUCUUUCUUUAGAGCUAGCUUAACGGUGAGGGUUCUUUUCUUUCAAUUUUUUUAUGUAUGAAGCAUAUAUAUACCGCAAUAUCUAUUACAUGUAUAUACUGAGAAUGUUAUUUAAAGGCAGUGAGCCCAUAAUUUCAUGAUA